AUGGCUUCGGUUAAAGACGCAGCAACAUUAUAUCAAAGUUUAAAAACGGAAUGGGCUAAAAAACCUAGGAAGCUGGAAAAAUGUGCUGAACUUCUAAAUAAAAUUAAGAUAGCAUUAACGGGCUUAACAUUUCUGCCGAGUAAUAAUGCAGAAGCUAAUCACAAGGAAUUAAUAUUAGCGCGAGACGUAUUAGAGAUUGGUGCCCAAUGGGCAGUAGCUGCUAAAGAUGUCAAAGCUUUUGAACGAUAUAUGUCUCAAUUGAAGUGCUAUUAUUUUGAUUAUAAAGAUCACCUGCCUGAAUCUGCAUUUAUGUACCAACUUCUUGGUUUAAACUUGUUAUUCUUGUUGGCACAAAAUCGUGUAGCUGAAUUUCACACUGAACUUGAACGCCUUCCUGUAGAUGUGAUCAGAGCUGAUCCUUAUGUAAAGCAUCCUCUUGCAUUGGAACAGUACCUUAUGGAAGGAAGUUACAAUAAAAUAUUUUUAGCCAAGGAUAAUGUACCAGCUGAAAGUUACACUUUGUUCAUGGAUACACUGUUAGAUACAGUCCGAGGUGAAAUAGCUGCAUGCAUUGAGAAGGCCUAUCAAAAGAUACCAUGUGCAGAAGCAGCCAGAAGAUUAAACUUAACCACACAACAAGCUGUGUUAGAUUAUGGCAAAAAGCGUAACUGGUCUCUGGGAGCAGACAACUGCUACCAGUUCAAUACAACUGAAGAAAACUUUUCAGCUGCUAGUGGUAUUUUCCCCUCAUCAGAACUCGCUGAACAAACCAUUGAAUAUGCCAGGCAUCUUGAGAUGAUUGUUUAG